UUCCGGGCCCGAAAAGGGAGGGAAAGGAGGCGGGCGGGCCGCGUUGUAAGAGACAAGUGUCGCGCUCGCCCCUUCGGAGGCCCUGACACGUCCUCCUGGGGGGCAAGAGGACGGAAUUAAGCCGGCGGCCGCUGCAACAACUGCAACGGCGGCCGCUGCAACAACUGCAACGGCGGCCGCUGCAACGACUGCCACAGAGGCCGCUGCAACAAUUGCAACAGCAGCAGCUGCACCCACCCGCUCGGCCAGCAGCCUCCCCGCUCCGCAUCCAGCCUCUUCUCUAGGGAUCUCGGACCCCCAAGGCCGAUGAUCGUUUUGUAUUUUUUGGUUGCUUUCUUUGCACCUCGGAGGGGGAUGACAAGGAGCCGUCCGGCGCUGCCUUGACGAGGGCCGGUCCUUCUUCACCUCCCGUCACCCCGCCGCCGGGAGGAUGGAUUAUAAUAAGCCCGGAGAAGGAGAGCCGAGUGGCUGCUGAACCUUUCUAUUAUUCAUUCUUCUUCUUUUGCUGCCAACUCCAUAAUAAAACCCCGGAGAAGGAGAGCCGAGUGGCUGCUGCACCUUUGUAUUAUUCGUUCUUCUUCUUUUGCUGCCAACUCAAAGCACCCCGCCAGACCGGACCUCCAGGGAGGGGGCCCCAGGAAGAAGGAUUAAAAGAGCUCGGCGUUCAAGGGGAGGGGCGGGCUUCGUGCAUGGUCGGGGGGUGCUGCUUUGGGUGGCCUCGAGGGAGUUGGGGAGACACCUCUCCCCCCACCAGGGGCUGGAGGUUGGGGUGAACACCCCUUUUUCUGGGCGCCGGUUGGAGGUGUAGGGGAGCUGGUCUGCUAUGACAGGUCUGGUCCCCCGAGGCCUCACCGCGUUGUACGUGGCAAAGUUAGAGCUGGAGCGGUAGCAUCUUUGGGGCAUUUGCAGGGACGAUCGAUCCGUUGGGGGGGACGAGGAAGGUUCGGGUUCAGGGGUUGGGGGGCGGGGGGAGGUUCGCCUCCCCCCCCCGACUUGUCGACCCUCUUUGAUGACUCCUGGAGGCGGUGGGUCCAUGAAAGACUGCGAGUACAGCCAGAUCAGCACGCACAGCUCCUCUCCCAUGGAGUCACCCCACAAAAAGAAGAAAAUCGCAGCCAGGAGGAAAUGGGAGGUGUUCCCGGGGAGAAACAAGUUCUUCUGUAACGGGAGGAUCAUGAUGGCCCGGCAGACGGGCGUCUUCUACCUGACUCUCAUCCUCAUCUUGGUCACCAGCGGACUCUUCUUCGCUUUCGACUGUCCGUAUUUAGCGGUGAAGAUCACUCCUGCCAUCCCGGCAGUCGGCGGGAUCCUCUUCUUCUUCGUGAUGGGGACGCUUUUGAGAACGAGCUUCAGUGACCCUGGAGUCUUACCCCGAGCCACCCCGGAUGAAGCAGCCGACCUGGAAAGACAAAUAGAUGUUGCCAAUGGCUCCAGUUCGGGGGGGUACCGCCCACCUCCCAGAACCAAAGAGGUAAUCAUCAAUGGCCAGACUGUGAAACUUAAAUAUUGUUUCACCUGCAAGAUUUUCCGCCCACCUCGAGCCUCUCAUUGCAGCCUGUGCGAUAACUGCGUAGAACGGUUUGAUCAUCACUGUCCCUGGGUAGGCAACUGUGUGGGGAAAAGAAACUACAGAUUUUUUUUUAUGUUUAUUUUAUCUCUGUCUUUUUUGACAGUCUUUAUAUUUGCAUUCGUUAUCACCCACGUCAUUCUUCGUUCACAGCAUUCAGGUUUCCUAAAUGCCCUCAAGGACAGUCCGGCAAGCGUCCUGGAAGCUGUGGUGUGUUUCUUUUCUGUCUGGUCCAUUGUUGGACUCUCAGGCUUUCACACGUAUCUGAUCAGCUCCAAUCAAACCACAAAUGAAGAUAUUAAAGGCUCCUGGUCAAAUAAGAGAGGGAAAGAAAACUUCAAUCCUUAUAGCCAUGGAAACAUCUUUACAAAUUGCUGUGCUGCCCUCUGUGGGCCCAUCUCUCCAAGCCUCAUCGAUCGAAGAGGGUACGUCCAGCCUGACACCCCACAGCCAGUGGUGCCAUCCAACGGGAUCACAAUGUAUGGCGCAACACAGUCUCAGAGCAACAUGUGUGACCAAGACCAGUGCAUUCAGAGCACCAAAUUCGUUUUGCAGGCAGCAGCCACCCCGCUCCUCCAGAGCGAGCCCAGCCUUGCCAGCGAAGACCUGCCUUUGUCGGGGAAAGCCAGCCUCGGGGCUCCUUGCGCCACCUUGACCCUGGGACAGCCGACACCACCCUCCUCCAUGCCAAACCUCUCAUCAGAGACAGUUCUGACUGACAUGAUUCCAUUAAAAGAGGAGCACGAAGGCCACCAGUUCCUUACACCGGAGGAAGCCCCUUCCCCUCCGGGGAUGUUGCCGACAAGCAGCCCUCUCUCCCACAGCCACACCAUGCACGUCCUGAGCCUGGCCAGCCAGGAUUCACUCCACGAAGAUUCGGUGCGUGGUCUUGUGAAGCUCAGCUCGGUCUGAUCCCCGUGGACCCUGGCUCAUGAGGAUGUGGGGUUGGGAGAGACACGAGGCACUUUUCCACCAGCUCUGCUACUCAGACCACAAGUGGCCACACCAACACAAUGGACAGUCCACCACAAAGACUUCUCCGUUCCAACCUGCCUCGAGGACAAGAACUCUGUGUCACGGGAUUUACGCUCGUGAAGUGGAUCGGAGGAUGGAUGUCAUUUGUGAGAGGGACCCGGUUGCUAAUGGCUUUGUUCCAUUUGACUCUUUUUUUUUUUGACCUCCCCACCCAUAAUAAAAAUCGAAAUAGUCAACGGCCAUCCAUUUCCUGCAGCCUCAGUGAGAUGAGGGAUCUCCCAGCAAGUUGGAAUCCAGUCUGCAAAAAUCUUUGCUCCAAAAUGAACAGGAAGACCAGUAGAUGUUCGAGUCAUGCUCUGUGGUUUUUAUGCUGUUGUAAUACCCACUCUUGUAAUAAAGUGUAUGACACUUGUGGCCAGGUUAAAAUGCACUUAAGUGUUAUGCUACUAAUAUCUGAGAUAGACGAUUACCAUUCCGUUUGUUAGUUAAAAAAAGAAAGAAAAAAAUGAAAAAAAGGCCCAAUGUGGAUUUGCAUGCCACGCUACAGUAUGUGUUACGGUGGUGUUGGUAUUAAAAGAAAGUGCUGCUUUUUUUAUUUGUGAAUUUCUAGGUGCCGUUCUAUCGAACAGCCAUGCAACAGCCAGAAUUCAUGGACAGUGUCAUUAUUAUCCAACCUUAUUGUACGCUGAGAGGCGGUAUCUAAAAUACCAAGGGCUGCUGAGUUUGAUCAUAUUACGUAUCAUUUAACCUUCUGUUGAAGUAUUUAAAUAAGGUAUUGUGUCGUGCCAUCCAUGCCACAGAUUCUCCACUACAUUAUGUGACGAGAUUUCCUGUGGACAUCCAAUAAAAUGACAUCCUCUGUUCCUUUGGA